AUGCUCAGAAUGUUUGGAACUGGUCUGAAGGUGUCAAGGAGCUUCUAUUCCUCGGUUUCUGAGCUCACAUAUCCUUCUGAAGAAUCCUUGGUCAAAGCAACUUGUAGGGAUCCUCCAAUGAUAGCUCUUCUAAAAGCUCAUCUGCCAACUGAUCCAUUUCCUCAACAUAAAAGAGCUGACCUUCUAUUGUUGGUUUCCUCAUUGAAUGGCCUUCCUAGUAUCAAUGGAUCUGUUGGUUCCUCAUCCAUCUCAAGCACAAUGAAGUCGGUGGGGAUUUCUACAUUCCCUAUCCUCAAAGGCAGUCUCUUUGCUACAGACAAAGGCAUGAGGCUGACAGAUGAUCCUAGAUCGCAGAGGCUGUUUUUGAAAGAUAGGGGUCCCAACAUGCAGGGCAAAGUGAAACUUCCCCGGAUCUUCCUUUUUGUCGGAGAUGACCUUCCGCUGAAUGAUUGCACUGCACUCACGAGUCAACACUACCAUCCCUUGUGCUUCCCUGGUUCUUUGCUGAACAGCAUCCUUCAGAAAUUUCUGAUAAGCUCGAUCGAGCUCUGGUUUGUCUUGCUGAGUCUCGUUUCUUCAGCUCGAUCGAGUUCUGGUUCAGGGUUUUGUUCCAGCUCGAUCGAGUUCCGGGUCGAGUUAUCAGCAUACUCGACUAAAUCCUCCCCUUCCUCGUCAUCGAUGUCCACAGCGAUUUGGGGUGGGCUACCUCUACUUGGGAAUUGUCGCCCACUUCUUAGUGUAACUGCUUGGCAUACUCUUGUGGUGAAGAGGAUGAUGCACUUGAAGACUCAAUUAUUUGUUGAUGCGGAGUCAGGUUUUACCAAACUCCUAGACCUCUGCAAGUGCACAGAUCGCGGAAGUAUGGGUAUCGAACACAAGGACUGGCUAUUGAGUACACUUUGA